AUGGCCUCCCAUGAGAACACCGAGCCGUUUCCUUCUCUGCCUCAAAACAUUACGCCGGGAGCUUCUACGCCGCAACCAGCACACACAAAAGCAGAGUCCGCCCCGCUCAAAAGGACAAACUCCAAUGGCUCCGGUCCACCUCGAAGAAGACGGACUACGUCACUGACCGAGUCAUUUCUCAGCAGCAACCCUCCGUAUGGCAUGUGGCAGGCGACUGCCGAAGUUGCGUCCAAGAUUCCGACACUGGGUGAGAUCAGAAAAGGCAGCUUCUGCGCUGAUGGUUGGACAGAAGAAGGGCAGAUGGAGGAGAGAGGACAUACUCCACACCAGAUUCAGAGGAGAAAAGCGUCACGAGAGAACUCAUUCAGCGCUUCACGGCACAGAAGAAGCACCACAUCGCCAUUGUCAUCUAAAGUGGACGAGCGAGGAGACUUCUUCGCUACCACUGACUCUGAGUUCCUGGACGAGGCAAACAGAGUGCCAUCCACAAUACCAGAGACAUCCCGAGCGGACCAUGCUGUAGAUAACAAGCCCGGCGACACCGCCAUUACCACCGAGUCUCCUCGGUCGUCCUCUACCUCUGAUCAACGACUCGCAGAUUCUACGCCACCGAUCGGCCCAGACGAGACAGGCACAUACCCAAAUGGGUAUCGGUUCCCUCCAAAGCAUACCUGGUGGCAGUCUACUGUCAUUGGCCUUAAAGCCUUCUGGAAGUUCUUCCUUACUCCUUUCGGGUUUCUCGUCACAAUCUACAGCCUCAAUGUCGUGGCCUGGGGCGCCAUGAUCUUCUUCGUCCUUCUCCAAGCUGCUCCAGCAAUGUGCCAUCCGAGCUGCAGCGACCCUAACAGUGCUCGCCAGAUCUGGAUUGAGAUUGACAGUCAAAUCCUGAAUGCUCUAUUCUGCGUCACAGGUUUUGGAUUGAUCCCAUGGCGAUUCCGUGAUUUCUACUACCUCAUACAAUGGCGAGUGUUUAAGAAGUAUGACUACUUCCGUCGUCUUGCUGGUCACAACCGCGGGUGGUUUCGCCUGCCCGGUUCCGAAAAUUUAGAUCCGCUCCUCGGUCCACCACCUGUUUACACCAAGAAGAAUCCAAAGAAAGAUGACUCCCCCCCGGAAUGGAGCGACGAAGAAAUUGCAGAGCUGGAGAAGAAUCCCGCAGUCCCACUCCCAGCGACGGCUAUGCCCCCGGCUCCCCUGACUGGUGUGAGAGCACCACCAACCAAGCCAAUCAUGAUCGAUGUUGUUGUGUGGAUGUACGUUCUCAACACGGUCUUUCAGGCUUGUCUUGCAGGCGCAAUGUGGGGCCUGAACCGGUUCACAAGACCGAGUUGGGUCACAGGGUUCUUGAUCACCAUUGGCUGCAUCGUUGCCAUCAUAGCUGGAAUAGUGGUCUUCAGAGAAGGAAAGAAGAUCAAGAAGGUUGAAGGGAUACCCGUGGAAGAGCGGGAGGUUGAAAACGACAUAGAGAAGGGUCAGGAGGCGCUAGGCUUAGGGAAUGAUAAGAAGGUGAACGAGAAGUCUGAUGAUGAUCAAAGGCCGAAUGGAAUCGGGAGACAGAAUGGUGCAGAUGGCGAUGCAGGCCGACCAGCCCUGACAAGGAAGACGACCGAGAAGACAAAGGGCAAGCAUUGGUAUGAGCGGCAUUGA